GCCAGAAGAGGACUCCAAGGAGUUCCAGGCCUCCUUCAUGGCAGUAGCUGGUGUCACCCAAUGGCCUCGAGGGAAGUGCAUGGCCCAAAUUCCGCCAGAACUGAGUGAAGAGACCCGAGAGGCCUACGAGCCCUCAGCUUCUUCCGUCAAAGUAAAGGAAGAGAUGCCGGAGGAGGUCCUGGUCGGCUUGGAGAUGUGCCGCCAGCGUUUCAGGUGGUUCUGCUACCAGGAGGCCGAGGGACCCCGAGAGGCUUUCAGCCAACUCUGGGAUCUCUGCCAUCAAUGGCUGGAGCCAGGGAGACACACCAAGGAGCGGAUCCUGGAGCUGGUGAUCCUGGAGCAGUUCUUGUUCAUUCUGCCUCAGGAAAUGCAGAGCUGGGUCAGGGAAUGUAGCCCCGAGACCGGCAGCCAGGCGGUGGCCUUGGCGGAAGAUUUUCUCCUCAGGCAAGGAGAGGCUGAAGGUGCUAGGCAAAAGAGACAAGGACCCUUGGAAUAUAUGGCUGUUAAUUCCCCCAAGUCCGAGGACGAUCCACCCGACUCCCUGAAUAUGCAGUUCUCUGUGGAGGCCAAACAUGAGGCCAGCUUGCUGGGCGAAGAGCAAGUCCAGCAGAUUGAGGAAAUGAUAACAAGACCUGAGCAAGCAGACUUCAGUGCAGCAGCAUCGGGGGGAGCAGAAGGGACAUUUUUCCAGGAUCAAGGGCCAUUUUCCCAGGAUCGUGAGGAAAAAGAGUUGCCCACAAGGCACGAGGGGCCAGAAAGUCAACAGGAAAACGAUCCAGGGAAGGCAACAGAUGUUUGCGCGGAACCCAACCUGGGCUUCGAUGGACGUGCUUUCCAAGAUGGAGUCUGCGGGCCUGAGGGACAAAAAUUAGCUAGCUCUGCUAGUCAAAACUCCCCUCAGAGUUUUGACCUCACUGAGAACCAGGAAACACAGUUGGCAGAGAAAGGGUAUCAGUGCACGUACCGUGGAAAAAUCUCCAGUCAGAGACCACCCCUGCUAAGCAUCCCCGAGGCAGUUCACACAUCGUAUGAAUGCUCCGAGUGUGGGAAGAGCUUCAGCUGGAAGUCGCACCUUUUUAGGCACAAGCGAAGCCACACGGGAGAGAAAGCUCAUCAGUGCUCCGAGUGUGGGAAAGGGUUUAUCUUCAAAACGGACCUUUUCAGGCACAAGAGGAUCCACACAGGAGAGAAGCCAUACGAAUGCUCGGAAUGUGGGAAAUGCUUUAGCCGCAAACCGAACCUCAUUACGCAUAGGAGAACACACACAGGAGAGAAACCACAUCAGUGCGCUGAGUGUGGCAAAUGCUUCAGUCGCAAGCCAACCCUUAUUACUCACAAGAGAACCCACACGAGGGAGAAACCAUACGAGUGCUCAGAAUGUGGGAAAGGCUUUAUUUUUAAAAUAGACCUCUUUAGGCACAAAAGAACCCACACAGGAGAGAAACCUUACGAUUGCUCGGAGUGUGGGAAAUGCUUCAGUCGGAAAGCCAAUCUCAUUACACACAAAAGGACCCACACAGGUGAGAAACCCUACGAAUGCUUGGAGUGUGGGAAAAAGUUCAGCCGAAAAGGAAACCUUAUUACUCACACGAGGACUCACACGGGAGAGAAACCAUACGAAUGCUCAGAUUGUCGGAAAAGUUUCACUCAGCGAAUACAUUUCCUGAGACACGAAUCGAUCCAUAUGAGAGAGAGAAAUGCGGAAGCUGUGGGGGAUGCAGGGAGCGUGGGUUGGUGCUUACAAACGUCACGCAAUUCACAUGCGCAAAAGAGAAGCCAGAGAAAGCAUGAAGGAAAGACUGUCCGGUUCUCCUUGGCUUUGUAG